AUGCGGUCCGUCGAGGGCCUAUUUUUCCAGCAUAAUCUCCCCGUUCAAACUGUCGACGUGCUGCUAUGGUAUGUUCUCCAGAGGGAGAACUAUUGUCUUGCUCCAAGCCGUCAGAAAGGAACGGGAUCUAAUGUCAGCAAGGCCCCUGAAGCCGAGCCAAGUCGUAAACGCAAAGCAGAAAAUCUCCAGGUUGAACCUGACUGGCUAAUAAAGACUCAUCUUCCAAAACCACUCGUCUGCAAGUCGGAAACAAUGGAUAUGUCCGAUCCAUGGUGGCAGGCUCGUUUCGUCGAGAAAGCUUUGGCUGAAGCCAAUAUCGCUUGUGAAACUUUUGACAGCUGUCUGUGCGAUGAUACCUCACACCAUAACGACAAUUUGGACGCCUUCAUGUGGAGUAAGGAGCUCGAAGCUGUGGAUCUCGAAGAUGGCCAUGACCGGGUAUCAUUUUUAAUCGAACCCAAUCAGGAGGAGCUCAGAACCUUUACAGAACAGCAGAAAUGGCUAGAUAACACCUUGUUUCAACGAGAAGAUUAUAUAGAAUCAUGCAAUGCAUUAGGCAUUAGUUCUUCGAAACCCCGGGUCGUUGGUAUGAGACGCAGUGUUCUGCUUAAAGUGUGGCAGCCACUUGCAAUCCAAGCUCUGCUAGAGUUUGAAACUAAGGCAUACUUACGGGGGGCUAUUCUUGCGGAUGGAGUCGGCUUAGGCAAAACCUGGGAGGCCAUUGGGUUCUUUUUGGCUCAAAUACGACGUGAUGAAACACUUGGUAAGGAUGCGCCGAAGCCACGGCCAAUUCUCAUCAUAGUCCCUCCGAACCUGAUUGCGCAAUGGAUAGAGGAGCUGUACAAGGUCUGCGCAAACAUCAACAUCUACUAUUACUACGGAGAUAAACGAAGCUCUGUUGCAGACAAAGCGCAGAGAAUCUCUAAAAUAUUGGAUAAGAAGCAUCCUAUAUUUGAUGGAACAAAACAACGGCGCCGAUGCAUCGUCGUAACCUCAUAUCAAUCAUUUUCUUCACGCCAUGGCCCCACUUCGCUUGGACGCUGGCGGAGAAAGGAGUUGGGUCUAAAACUCGUAGAAAUACAGAAACUCUCCAAGACUUCAGAUAAAAGAUGGCCCGAAAAUCUUUGUGACUUAUUCGGCACUGUGGUGCUCGAUGAGGCACACCUAGUGAAAAAUAGGGAGACACAAACGGCCUCCGUGGUGUUAUGGCUGGAACCAAAAUUUUACCUACUCCUCACCGCCACACCUAUAUCGAAUCGAAUUGAAGAUUUCUUAGGUUACGCUCCGCUCAUCUUUAACGACUCCGGGGCUUGUUCUACGAUAUACUGA